AUGUGUGUUACUCACUAUGACAGACGGGCUUCAGCGUUUGUGGUUGAGGAGUUAGAGCCUUUUGAGGGUUGGUCGCAAGGCUCAUUCCGUGUAUGGUUGACGGCGAGUACGUAUGAUUGUGGUCUUUUUCAGUCACUCUAUUUUCCAUGUCAUCAUGUGGUUGCCGCUUGUGUCGCUGCUAGUGUCAAAUGGAGUCUGUACGUGCAUUCAGUGUACUUGCAGUCUGCUGUGUUCAAGGUGUAUGAGACGGAGUUCCCACUGAUACCAAACGAGAAGCUUUGGCUGGAGUGGUUCGAGACACGGUUGCGUCCUAAUCUAGCCAUGCGUAGGAAGGCCACUGGAAAACCUGUUUUAACCAGGUUUCGUAAUGAGAUGGACGAGGUCAUCGGUGCUGAUUGCCAUGAUAAUGCAGGUGGUGUCCCAUGCCACAGGGUAGAGACCGUGUCUGUCAGUGAGGUGGCUAAUGUGGUGGUGGUGAUGGUGGAGAGGGUGGUCGUGGUGGCGGUAAGUCAUUAA